ACAGGUAAAUAUCAUACAUGUAAGAGAUACGUGGCUAUACCCAUAGCACCUGCUUGUUUUGGAUGUUCUUGAAGAUGUGUUGGUCGCUCUGUGAUACAGUUUUGACAGCUGCCGUACACAGGACGGUGCGAUGCAACAAUCAGCAGAGCCGCUAACGUCACGGCUGCUGGCUAAAGAGCCAAGAACUCCGGAAUAGCUACAUUAUUCGUUAAAAAACGCUCAUAAAGUCAGUCGGUAAUGCGUAUCUCCGGAGAAUAUGGCAUUUAUUUGGACAUUUUUUUUAAAGUUACCGAAGCUGCUGGGUUGUUUCUUUUUCGGUCAAGCUAGCCACAACUAUAAACACGCUAACGGAGAUGAACUUUCAAAAUAUAUCUAACUCGUUCGUGCGAUGUAAAGUAUAUGUAUUUUAAGUAAAGCCCAGUUCCGAGGAGGGGAAUAGCCACAUUACAGAGUUACCACUUGCAAUUUAUAUAUUUCUUUUAUCUCAGUAUGAAACCUAGAUGUCUCUGCAUUUGAAUUUCCAUAAAACACUUGAAACGAAAUUUUAAAUGUAAACAUACAAAUUGCAUUUGAGUGUAAUUUAAGCGUUUAAUACUGACUGAAUACAGCAAGCAUCCAAAUUGGAUAUUUUAUCUUCAGUUUAUUUGCGAUUCGGAUUAUGGAUGUUCUUUUACUGCAAUAUAAAUGUGGGUGCAUUUAUUUUGAAAACACAAUUUGUCGCCGGAAAUGGGAUGUGUGUUGCUGCCUAAAGACUUCACGCAGUUCUGUCAGAUACCUAGCUAGCUAGCUGUCUGUAUGGCUAGUGUCCGUUUUGUUUUGGUAAUGCCCUAGCGUGUCAAACUCGCUUGGGCGAAGUUUAUGGUUCAGGUGCGGGUUUUUUGUUGGGUUUUUUUUAAACUGUUAGUGUAUCUGCGUUUGUUGACAAAAGUGAAUGCGGCAUUGCCAGCUAAUUCUUCUUUGCUAACCCAUCAGACUUUGUAUUUUUCAGCAGAAGCCCAGUUUAAAAGUGGCAGAGCGAUGCAGUGAAUAUGCUAUGAAAGACUCCGAAGAAGAUUUGGGGCUUCGUUCGGGUUAUCCCGGGGCACUUCCAGCCACCUGGAGGAUUGAGAAAGAACCCCAGAGGAGACCUUUCUGAUUCCUAACUUCUUCAACCAGACUUGGUGUUGUAUCUGGAAGUGUGGACGAUAUGGCCAGUCCACAGGAGACGGAUCUGUGCUAUGCGUGGGAAAAGUAUAUGGACUGUAGACUGCAAGGAGCCGAUCUCCAGGUCAGCCUUCAGAGUCUGGAGAAUUUCCUUUGUCUCUUCCACUACGUGCAGCACCACUGCAAGCACAGCAGCAAAGAUGCACUGAAAUUCUGCUCAGACAUGAGUGGGGCCAGUAACACACUGGCACGGGAGUUCUUGACUGAUGUGCAUCAGCUCUGCAGUGCGGUAGCCCAGAGAUCGGAGGCACGGGAGGAAGAUGAGGAGGAAAGUCACAUGGUGGCUCUGGGCGAGUACCUGGUCAGGGGACGAGGCUUCCUGCUGCUCAGUACCCUGGACUCGAUCAUUGACCAGGAGCUGACCUGUCGCGAGGAACUGCUCACUCUGCUGCUGUCUUUACUCCCAUUGGUCUGGAAGAUUCCUGUGCAGGAGGAAAAAGCCCCAGAUUUCACCCUGCCGUCCCUGCUGGAGGUAUUCCUGAACCGGGAGGUGAAGGCCAUCCCUCUCAGAACAGGGCUGAAGGCUGCAACAGAUGAGCAGACCUCUGGGAAGAGAUCCCGUGUUGCCACCAGUACCUGGAAGUCACGGAGGUCCCGGCGGACAGCGCAGAGAUACUCUGUGAAAGAUGCUCGCAAGUCUCAGGUUUCUACCUCAGAUUCAGAAGCCAACUCUGAAGACAAAACUGGCCCAGGUAGUGCACGGAGCCGAAGAUCACAUGGCUCUACCAUCCAGGUAAGCUGUCAGCAUCAUCGAUCAGACGCCUCGCAGUUCACGUCCACCGGCACCACCACAGAAACCAUGAGUGCCCCAUACCCACAUCCCAGAGCCCCUGGAUCCCAGAUGGCUGACAGCGAAACCCUAACAGACCCAGCUGCAAUAUCAAUAUUCAAUCGAAUGGAAAACUCGCCUUUUGAUCUCUGCCAUGUGUUGCUUUCCUUGUUGGAGAAAGUGUGUAAAUUUGACAUGAGCAUCAACCACAACCCUGGCCUGGCUGUCAGCGUUGUACCUACUCUCACAGAGAUCCUUACUGAAUUUGGAGAUUGUUGUGGUCCAGGGGGUGGAGGAGGAGCAGGACCAGAGGAGCUUGCUGGAGGCUGGACAGAGGAGCCAAUUGCACUAGUUCAGAGAAUGCUACUACGAACCAUCUUGCACCUGAUGUCUGUGGAUGUGAGUCAGAAUGACAGCCUUCCAGACAGCCUGAGACGUAGUCUAACAGACCUGCUGCGAGCCACUCUCAAAAUCCGGAGCUGCUUGGACAGACAGAGUAACCCUUUUGCUCCUCGGCCCAAGAAGACUCUACAGGAAGUACAGGAUGACUUCUCAUUCUCUCGUUAUCGCCACAGAGCGCUACUGCUUCCAGAACUUUUAGAAGGAGUACUGCAAGUGCUGCUGGGUUGCCUGCAGGCUUCCACUCCCAACCCUUUUUUCUUUAGUCAGGCUCUAGAGCUCAUCCAUGAGUUUGUUCAGCACAGUGGCCUGGAGCUCUUUGAGACUACAGUGCUUCGACUGGAGGGACUUGGCAGAGCCAGAGAUUCUAAAGUUGGAGGUGAAGCCUCAGAGAGGCUACGAGGCCUCAUUGCAGGGGUCUUCAAGAUUGUCAGUGCUGUAAAGAAGGCAAAGUCAGAGCAGCUGCAUCAGUCUGUGUGUGCCCGAAGGCGCCAUCGUCGCUGUGAAUAUUCCCACUUCCUGCAUCAUCACAGAGACUUGUCAGGUUUGCCCGUCUCUGCUUUCAAGCAAGCUGCUAGGCGCAACCCCUUUGAAGAGGAUGGAGAAGGCGGAGGAGAGAUGGAGGGUGAAGCAGUACGUUAUCCUGAGCGCUGCUGCUGCUUGGCUGCCUGUGCCCACCAAUGCCUGCGGCUCCUACAGCGCCUGUCCCCCAGCGGGCCAGGUGUGUUGCAGGUAUUGGCUGGGGUGCAGGCUGUUGGAAUCUGCUGUUGUAUGGACCCCCGUUCAGUCGUAGGACCUUUACUCCACGCCUUUAAAGCUCCAGGGCUGCGUAGUUACCAGUCUCAUGUUCUUAGUGUCCUGGGGAGACUGAUCUUAGACCAGCUUGGUGGGGGACAGCCUUCAGAAAAAGCCAAGCUGGCCUCAUGUAACAUCUGCACUCUGGAUAGCAGCCAGCUGCCAGGCCUGGAGGAGACAUUGCAGCACGGGGAACCUUCAGCUAUUUCUACCAGCCUGUGUUACCGCUCCCAGGGCAUUCUGCCAAGUGGAGGGGGCACUGAGGAUAUGCUGUGGAAGUGGAAUGCUCUGGAGGCCUACCAAGAGCUAGUGUUUGGUGAGGACUGGCAGCUUAGUCAGCAGAUAGCUGGCCAUGUGUGCCACCUAACUCAGAGGGGCAAUGCUAUAGUGCAGUGGCAGCUCUACACACACAUCUUCAACCCUGUGCUGCAGAGAGGGGUAGAGCUAGCCCACCACGCCCAGCAACUGGGAGUUUCUGCUGUCUGUACUCAGGUCUGCAGCUAUCACACGCAGUGCCUGCCAGUGGAGGUACUACUUGUUUACCUACAAACGUUACCAUCGCUUCUCAAAUCAAGGGUGAUCAGAGACCUUUUUAUUAGCUGUAAUGGACUCAACCAGGUGACAGAGCUUGUCUACUUGGACCAGACACGCUCUUUAGCUUUGAAGGUGUUUGAGACUCUGAUAAUAGGCAGUGGAAAGCAGCAGGCUGAGGGGGUGCUUCAGGAGCUGGAGAGUGCUGAUGCUGAAGAAAGGGAGGCUGUCUUAGGCCUGGCUGAGGAACUGGGGUCCAGAGGCAUCGGAGAGGGCGCACAGAGUCUCAGCAAGUUCUAUGAAGGCCUGAAGGAGGCUUAUCCACGACAUAAGAGCCGUAGCGGCCAGGCUCGUGGACCGGGGCGCAGCCGAACAGAGAUCCAUCUCCAUGUUAUCAAUCUUUUUCUAUGUGUGGCCUUCCUCUGCGUCAGCAAGGAGGCAGAUUCUGACCGGGACUCAGCCAAUGACUCCGAAGACACUUCGGGUUAUGACAGUACAGCGAGUGAACCUCUGGGUGGACGGCUGCCAUAUCUGUCCCCAGACAGUGUAGCCCUGCCCUCUAAAGAGCAGCUACGACGCGCCGCUGAUGUUUGGUCAGUGUGUCGGUGGAUCUACCUGGCCAGCCCUUUGUUCCAGAGACAGUUCUUCAGGCUGGGUGGACUGGAUGUCUGUUUGCGCCUUAUGGCAAUGGUCAUUCAGAAGCUCUCCUGUAAAACGAAGGAUGGAAAAGCAAAGAAGAAGAGAGACGGCAAAGGUAAAGGCAGCCCCGAUUCCACAGCCACUUCACUGGGACUGGAGGAGACUUCUCAUGAUGCAUCUGAAACCAGCAGCACCAGUCCAGCUGAAGGAAAGACCAAAGAUCCAUCAAAGAAACUUGAGGAAGAAUGGCAACUUCAAAGUAUUCGUCUCCUUGAGGCUUUGCUGGCUAUUUGCCUACACAGUGCUAACUCAGCCCUGCAGAGGAUAGAGCCUGAGCUUUCUUAUCAGCUCCAUUCAGUGGAGGAUACCUUGUUAGAAGUGAGAGACCAGCUCUCUCGGUCUGGAGUGGUGAACUCUGACCUUGCCAUACCCCUGUUUGACUCUCUCCUGAGAGUGGCCUUGGCUGAGGUGUCAUCCUGUCCCGAUCCCCCUGAGGAGAAGCCAGAGAGGAAGCUCCAGGUGUUGGCGGAGGGGGCGGCCCCAGCGGGCGAUCUGUCUGAGGAGGUGGACGAGGUGCAGAGCUGCGGCGGCAAGCCCCCAGGGGAGGAGGAGGGCUACGACGCUGACAGCGAAAGCAACCCAGAGGACAUGGCCAAGCAGGAAGAGGGUUUAAAGGUGGAGCCAGCCGUAUUGCAUGAGUUUGUAGCGGUGACAGACAGGCCCGGGCGAGGCGCGCUCCUGUUCCCAGAGAUCUGUACGAUGGAGUUGCAGCUACUUGCCUCUGGCUCCCCAGACCUGGAGGUUCUGAGUCAUGUGUUUCACAGCCUGCUCAGUGCAGUACACGCCAAUCACCACAAUGCUGCUCUCCUCUAUGACCAGGGAGGAGUCAAAACUAUCCUGUCUGGCUUUCACAACAUUCUCAGUCAAACAAACCACUCGUUCACAGAUUGCCAGACUGUGCUUGUGGAGCUGCUGGUUGCCAUGGUGAGCCAGAGGAUCACAGCUGAGGAACUUGCUCUAUUGAGUCGCCUCUUCCUGGAGAAGACCCCACCUACUGAGAUUUUACUGAAGGGCAUCUUACAAAUUGUCGAAGCCAACAUGAACAUCGAACCUCUACACUUUCUGAGUUUUCCGAUAAUCCUUGGGGCUUCGACUCCGGGAGUGUUUUCCCCCAGCUCCAGACAGAACUGUGCCGCCGGAGGGAAAAGUGUUGGUUUGCCCUGGAAGAGCAAGCUGUCUCCAGGCCGUAGGGAGGGAGAAGCUGAGUACCAACCGAGCCACCUGCGCACCUCUCCCUGGCACAUCGCCCCUCUCCACCUGCCCUUAGUUGGACAGAACUGCUGGCCCCAUAUGGCCAGCGGCUUCAGUACCUCUAUAUGGCUGAGGGUGGCCGAGCAGGGAGCGAAGGACGGGGACAAAAACAGGGAAGAAAGUAACCCUCCUGCAGCUGAGUUGCACCAUGCGUCAUCUCAGGCAGGGACAAGAUUGCUAGAGGAAGGACUCAUUCAUAUUCUAUCCAUGGGCUCCAAGGCACUGAUGCUUCAAGUGUGGGCAGACUUCUCUACAGGCUCUCUCACUUUUAGGAUUUGUAUAGACCCCAACGAUGAGAUAAAAGCAGGCCUGUUGGCACAGGCAGACUCAGCUGAGGGCCUGUUCAGUGGGGGCCAGUGGCAACACCUUGCCCUCACUUACAGCCAGCAGCCGGAGGGAAAGAAGAACGUCCACGGCCGCGUGGUCGUCUGGGUGUCUGGAAUCUGGAAGUGUGAAGUUUCUUUGGAUUACACCCUACCCAGAAAGUCCAGUUUAUCAUCUGACAGCAACAAAACCUUCUGCAUGUUGGGCCACUGUGUGCCAUCCUCAGAGGAGAUGGGAACACGCUGGAACAUGGGCACUGUGCUACUCUUCAACGGGUCUAGAAUAGGAUCUGAGGAGGCCUUCUACCUGUACACGAGUGGACCAGAUCUCACCUCGAUCAUGCCCUGCAAGUAUGGCAAACCCAGUGUAACAUUCUCCAAGUUUGUCACCCAGGAAGGUCUGAAGUGUGAGCACGUGAGAGAGAUUUUAAUGAAGAGCAAGGAUGUAGACACAACAACUUUGGUCGAGAGCCUGGCGGUCGUGUACGCCCCCAGCAGUCCGAGAGUCUACACAAUUUAUGAGCCUGUAAUCAGACUGAAAGGUCAAGCAAAGACUGUGGUUACCCAGCGGCCCUUCAGCUCCAAAGAGGUGCAAAGUGUUUCCCUGGAGUCCAGUGCUCUCAGAGCUCUGCUCCCCACCGAAACCCACGGCCUGCAGAGUGUCCUGCACAAGAUCGGAGGAACUGGAACUUUUGUCUUCCUCUUUGCACAGACAGUGGAGCUCAGUGACUGUGAGAAGACCCAGGCUCUGGCCCUGCAAGUGCUGCUGUCGCUGUCCAAAUUUAACCAACACCGCAUCCACGAAAUGGACUGUUACCAUGGUUACUCCAUGAUCCAUCAGGUCCUCAUCAAGCCCAAAUGCAUCGUAGGAUAUCACAUGUUGAAAACUUUACUCGAUGGGUGUUGCAGUGGACCCAUCCUCAUCCUCGGAGAAGACGGUCAGUUCCAUUUGGACGCGGAGUCUGUGGCCGUGGUUCAGGAUUUAAGGCUUCUCUCAGACAUUCUGUUGGAUUGGAAGAUCUGGGCCAAGGCGGAGUGCGGAGUGUGGGAGACGCUGCUCGCUGCCUUAGAGAUCCUCAUCAGGGUUCACCACCCUCAUCAGGUCUUUAACAUCCGUCAGUUCCUCAAGGCUGAAGUAGUGCAUCGCUUCCUGCUCACCUGUCAGGUAUUACAGGAACAUCGGGAUGAGCAUCUCACAGCGAUCCCACAGGAGGUGUCUUUGUCAUUCAUCAAAAUCAUCCAGGAAGUACUCGGGUCUCCUCCGGACAUGGAUCUGCUAAAACUGAUCUAUAACUUCCUGAUGGCAGUGCACCCACCUACCAACACCUACGUCUGCCACACUCCAUCCACCUUCUACUUCUCACUGCAUAUAGAUGGGAAGCUGUACCAGGAGAAGGUGCAGUCCAUUAUGUACCUAAGACACUCCAACAGCGGAGGAAAGUCUGCCAGCAGCUCUGUGGUGUCGCUCUCCCCGACUGCUUUCGCCGAUGCUCCUCAUGACGGCCAUCUCCAUGCUUCUUCCCUUGAUCAUGGAGGUGAUGAUCAGUCAUUACGUGCCCCUAGUCUGGGGCCGUCUCCGUACUCUUCGCCUCUGCUGACGCCUCGGCUCGGACGCAGUAGCUCAAACGAGGCAGCCGAAGGUGACGGGGCGUCCCUCGCCACUCAUCAGGCUCUCGGAAGCACAGAGACGCUCAAAAAGGGCGGAGGUGAUGAGCAGCUCCUCAGCAGCUGUGAGUCUGCCAAGACGAUAUGUGAGGACAAAGACGCGGGCGAGGGAGCAACCCCGCGCACACCAUCCAUCAGUGUGGAGGAGGAGCGGGAUGAGGCAGCAGAGGUCGACAGCCUGGCAGACGGGAGCGUUGGGGUGGCAGAGUCCGAGGACAGGUUCGAGUGGGUCAUGGACGAGGCGCCACGCCGACCUGACAGCCUGAAAGGCAUCCCAUCCUUCCAGAGGAGCCACAGCAAUCUUGCUAGUCUGGGUCUGGCCUUCCCAGCUACAAAUGGCUCGCUGACAAUCAGCCGGUGGCCCACAGCUGCUGACCGGAGCUCCAUGCCUGAAGACUGGGAAAGUUACACCUACUCUCCUGGCUAUGAGAGGGCUCACAGCAAGACUGAGUCCAAUGACAGGUCCAGCACAGAGGAUUGCCUGGUGCUGAUCUGCUGUGGGCUCUAUGAUCUUCUGAGGGGCAUCUUGCUGCUGUUGCCUGACCUCAUGCUUGAGGAGGUGAUGGACAAACUCAUCCAGACAGAGGCCCUCAUCGUCCUGGUCAAUCACUCAUCACCGCUCAUCCAGCAAGGAGUCAUGAAGCUGCUGGACGCCUAUUUCACCAGAGCUCUUAAGGAGCAAAAGGAGAAGUUUCUGAAGAAUCACGGUUUCUCACUGCUGGCCAACCAACUAUACAUCCACCAAGGCAGCCAGGGGCUCCUUGAAUGCUUCUUGGAGAUGCUGUUUGGACGGCCGGUGGGCCUGGAGGAAGAUCUGGACCUGGAGGAAAUGGAAAAUCUCUCACCCUUCAGAAAGCGCUGUAUCAUCCCAGUGUUGGGUCUUAUUGAGAACUCUCUGUAUGAGAACUCUUUGGUGCACAACAUCCUGUGUAUGCUCCUGCAGCUCAUCAAUGCCUGCCCCAAGCUGGCAGACAUCCUGCUAGACCACGGACUGCUCUACGUGCUCUUUAACACCCUGUCUACCCUCAAUGGCAUGGAGAACGGUAUUCCCCUGAAUGACUACAAACUCCUGGUGUGUGACAUCCAGCAGAUGCUUGUAGCUGUGACUAUUCACUCCUGCAGCUCCUCUGGGUCCCAGUACUUCCGCAUCAUCGAAGACCUCAUUACCUUACUGGGUUUCAUGCAGACCAGCAAGAUGCGUCGCACACAAGAGAUGGCUGUGGCUUUGCAGUUCCGUGUCCUUCAGUCGGCGAUUGAGUUUAUAAAAACGACCGCCAACCAGGAACCUCAGAAACUGAGCACUUCUGUUAACGCUCCAAGCUCUCCGCAUCACGCCAUCUAUCAGAAACGCAAGAGCAUCGCCGGUCGGCGCCGGUUCUCUCUGGCCCAGACUGACUCUCUGCUGAUGCGAAUGCGCUCUGUAGCCAGCGACGAGCUCAACCAAAUGAUGCAGAGGAGGAUGAGCCAGGAAAACCCCAUCCGUGCCAGUGAGACCGAGUUUGUCCAGCGGCUGCAGAGGCUUGUGGUUCUUGCCGUCAACAGACUCAUUUACCACGAUGUGAGUCAAGAUUUAUUUGAUCUGCUGAAUAUCCCAGAGUGCACAGACCAACAGCUCUUCACACCAGAUCCAGCUGAUCAACCGCACGAAGAUGGUGGCUCCGCUUCUGUCCCGCACUCUCCAACUCCCUUCACUCUACCUCCUGCGAGCAAGAAGAGCUUCCAGAAGGACAUCCUCCAGCUCAUGAUGGACGGGAUCAAAGUCAGCCUGGGGAGCACAGGUCGUGGCGGAGCCCCGCAUCAGCAGUGGCGAAGGAUCCUGUGGUCCUGUCGGGACACUUUUCGGGUCCAAAUUGGCCGUUUGCUGGUGCACACACUCAGCCCUGCACUUCCUCUAUCAGACAGGAAGGAGGCACUUCAGUUUGUGUUUGAUCCCAAACAUUUGGAUAUCCUCAAGGAGAGUCUCAGCCCUGGACUAGAGCACGGACCAAAGUUGUCGCUGUACCUGUACGAGAUGCUGCACGAUCACAAGGAUAACCUCACCAAAGAAGAGCAGAGCGCCGUGGGUGUAUUCAUGACCUCUCUCAAGCUUUGCGGUCAUCGCUGCAUCCCACCCAAUGCUCCACACAAACAAGACUUGCUCAAGGCCAUAAAAGAGGAAAAAUUCAAGUAUGAAGCAGAAGAGAAAACAAGUAAAGUAGCAUGGGAAAAGAAAAUGGCAAAUGCUCAGAGGAAUCUUAUCCAGAGGCUGGAUGGAAAGUCAAAGGAUAUAUCCAAGAUUGCAGCCGAUAUCACUCAGACUGUGUCCCUCCGGCAAGGCAUGGAGAGAAAGAAAGUCAUCCAGCACAUCAGGGGCCUCUACAAGACUGACCUGAGUGCCAGCCGCCACUGGCAGGAGCUGGUGCAGCAGCUCACACACGACCGUGCGGUUUGGUACGAUCCCACAUCCUACCCAACUUCCUGGCAGCUGGACCCCACCGAAGGGCCGAACCGUGAGCGACGGCGGCUACAGAGAUGCUACCUCACCAUCCCCAACAAAUACCUGCUCAAAGACAGACGCAAGCCUGAAGAAACUGUGAAGCCACCGCUGUCCUUCCUGUUUGAGGAUAAGACUCACUCCUCCUUCUCCUCCACUGUUAAAGACAAAGCCACCAGUGAAUCCAUCAGGUUCACCAGACGUUGCAUCAGCGUUGCCCCUUCCAGAGAAACAGCAGGGGAGCUUCUUCUGGGAAAGUGUGGGAUGUACUUUGUGGAGGACAACGCUGCUGACGCUCAUGACAACCAGAGCCUGCACGGGGAGACCGAGGCACCUUCUUUCUCCUGGACGUACGAGGAGAUCAAGGAGGUGCACAAGCGAUGGUGGCAGCUAAGAGACAACGCUGUGGAGAUAUUCCUCACCAACGGCAGGACGCUGCUGUUGGCCUUUGACAACUCCAAGUUCCGAGAUGACGUCUACCACAACAUACUGACCUCCGAUCUUCCCAACCUGCUGGAGCACGGAAACAUCACGGCGCUCACGCAGCUUUGGGGCUCGGGUCAGAUCUCCAACUUCGAGUACCUCACGCAUCUCAACAAGCACGCCGGCCGCUCCUUCAACGACCUCAUGCAGUACCCGGUGUUCCCCUUUAUCCUGCGAGAUUACACCAACGAGACUCUCGACCUGCAGGACCCAAACAUCUACAGGAACUUGAGCAAACCCAUCGCCGUCCAGUCCAAAGAGAAAGAGGAUCGCUACGUGGAUAAUUACAGGUACCUGGAGGAGGAGUACAAGAAGGGCAUCCGUGAGGACGACCCCAUGCCUCCCGUCCAGCCUUACCACUACGGCUCCCACUACUCCAACAGCGGCACUGUGCUGCACUUCCUGGUUCGAAUGCCUCCUUUCACAAAGAUGUUUCUCGCCUAUCAGGACCAGAGCUUUGAUAUCCCGGACCGGACGUUUCACUCCAUGAACACUACGUGGCGUCUGUCCUCUUACGAGUCAAUGACUGACGUCAAAGAGCUCAUCCCAGAGUUUUUCUACCUCCCAGAAUUCCUGGUUAACAGAGAAGGUUUUGAUUUCGGGGUUCGUCAGAAUGGCGAGAGGGUGAAUCAUGUGAAUUUACCGCCGUGGGCUCGCAACGACCCACGUCUGUUCAUCCUCAUCCACCGACAAGCACUAGAGUCUGAUCAGGUCUCCCAGACGCUGUGUCAGUGGAUCGAUCUGGUGUUCGGGCUCAAGCAGAAAGGCAAAGCAGCGGUCCAGGCCAUCAAUGUCUUCCACCCAGCUACCUAUUUUGGCAUGGAUGUUUCGGCUGUAGAAGACCCUGUUCAGCGACGGGCCCUGGAGACGAUGAUCAAGACAUACGGACAGACGCCCAGGCAGCUCUUUAACACCUCUCACAUCAGCAGGACAAGCACCAAACUCAUGGAGGGGGAGCUGCCAGCAGCCAUGGGCCUCCUGGUCCAGCUGGCCUUCAGAGAAAGCAGAGAACCAGCCAAGGAAAUAGUCUGCCCGAGUCCGCUGCCGUGGAUCAAAGGUCUGAAGUGGGGCGAGUAUGUGGGCUCACCUUCCGCUCCGGACCCAGUGGUGUGUUUCAGUCAGCCGCACGGGGAAAGGUUCGGAUCCCUGCUGGCUCUGCCGACGCGAGCCAUCUGCGGCCUCUCCAGCAAGUUCUGCCUCAUGAUGAUUUACAGCAAGGAGCAGGGUGUGCGGAGCAUGCACAGCACAGACAUCCAGUGGUCAGCCAUCUUAAGCUGGGGCUACGCGGACAACAUAUUGAGGCUGAAGAGCAAGCAGAGCGAGCCACCUAUCAACUUCAUUCAGUGUUCACAGCUUCACCAGGUGACCAGCUGCGCCUGGGUGCCCGAUGGCUGCCAGCUAUUUACGGGUAGCAAGUGUGGAGUCAUCACCGCCUACAGCAACCGCUUCACCAGCACCACGCCAUCAGAGAUGGAGGUGGAAUCUCAGGUUCACCUGUACGGGCACACGGGCGAAGUCACCAGCCUGUUUGUCUGCAAACCUUACAGCAUCCUCAUCAGUGUGAGCAAUGAUGGCACCUGCAUCCUCUGGGACCUGAACAGACUCUGUUAUGUACAGAGUCUCACAGGCCACAAAAGCCCGGUGAUGGCUGUGUCUGCCAGCGAGACCACAGGGGACAUCGCCACAGUGUGUGACUCAGAGGGAGGAGGCAGCGACCUUCGCCUGUGGACGGUGAACGGGGACCUGAUUGGGCAUGUCCACUGCAGAGAGAUCAUCUGUUCUCUGGCUUUCUCCAACCAGCCGGAGGGCGUGUCUGUCAACGUCAUCGCUGGUGGGCUGGAGAAUGGCGUCGUCAGGUUAUGGAGCACCUGGGAUUUGAAACCAGUGAGAGAGAUCACAUUUCCCAAGUCUAGCAAGCCCAUCAUCAGCCUGACGUACUCGUGUGAUGGCCACCACCUCUACACGGCCAACAGCGAGGGCACGGUGAUGGCGUGGUGUCGACGGGACCAGCAGCGCAUGAAGCUGCCCAUGUUCUACUCCUUCCUGAGCAGCUAUGCUGCAGGAUGAGUGUUUGUGUGAUGUUUGCGCCUGUCCACUUCUCAGCAAGAGGACCUCCCCUCCUCCUCCUCCUCCUCUUGUCUGCACUGACAGAGAGGAGGACAUGUCAGCAUGUCCUCAAACUCUCUGAACCCUCCCUGACUUUUAAAUAAAGCCAUCCCCAGCAGAGCAAACUGUACCGCCGCCACUCCCAGCAUCAAGAAAUGAUUAUGAAAAUAGUAUUAUAUGUAGAUAAGUAUAUAUUUAUAAAUACAUUAAAAUGGACUCUUGCAGGAAUGGUUGAGUAUUUGGCUGAGGCUGCAUCAGACACUUUAUACAGGAUGUAUUUCUGAGAGUGUUUCAUUUGUCGAGUCUUUAAUUCCUGCUGAUGUGUUUUUGUUGGCUGGUGUUGAUUUAGCCGUUUCCUGGUAAGCUGCUAUGGUCUGGACAAAGCCAGACUCAAAGUGUGAAGACCCUCGUGUUUCACCUCGACAUCGCUCACGUCUCCUGCAGCGUGCGGUCUGACAGAUCGCCGCCCCAGCUCAGUGAACGCGUCCUGCUGACGCUGCAGUGGCUGCAAGGGAGGGGAGCCCCCUCCUCGCGUCUGUCGCCAGGAGAGGUCCCGCUCUGCGGGAGUGAGACGUCCCUCCGCCGCGCUGUCUGCUCCACUCAGAUCUGAACGCUAGAGUCACAGACCUGCUUCACUUUGUGUCUGACCUCAGUUGACGGACCGAGGGGACCUUGUGGGUGCCUGUUGUUCUGUCCUGCUUUUGCAUGCUAGGACGAUGCUGCCCUUGACUGUGUGAAUGUGGAUGUAACAUUUGCUGCAAUGCUCCUUGUUUUAAGGCUUCCCUUAGUUAAACCAGCCCAUUUGCUCUUUAAAAACACCACGGAGGCUCAUCUCUGUCUUGCCCGUCGCUUAAAUGCACAAGAACCACUUUUCACUACUUUACAGGGCUGAUUUAUUUAUUUUUUUGAGAAAGCAAUUAACAAACUGUUAGAUGCUUGCAGUCGGAGGAGGAAGAAGGCGGAGGAGAGAGUGAUUUCCUGAAUGCUCCGUGAUCCUCACUGAUCUCCCACACUUACUUAGCACCUGUGCAGCAUUACUAAAAGGGUGCAGUGGGUGUGGGAGGGUUUAGUAAAGAGCGUCGCGUCGGCUGAUAUCAUAUACACUACACACAUCGGUCUGGGAAACGGCCGAGCAGCUGUUUCUUUUUCUUAACCCACUCCAGGAUCCAUGUAGCCUUUCUUUACAUUCCCACUUACGUUACUGCACUUCACGGUUUCUUAAACGA